GAAAAAGCUAACUGCCUUUCGGAAUUCAGGCCGUCAUCGUGAAGAGGAUGCUUUGGCUGGCCGGCUGGCUUUGCGCCUUUUUCCCUUUUCUUUGCCGUUACCGGUUCGGUCGAGAGUUCGGCAGUAUCGCAUGUGGGCAUUGCAUUGACUUCUAUUAAAGCUGGACACCUCCCAUUGAAACUUGGACGUGACAACUUUAAUUCCCAACUACCUAACCUCUUUUACGUAUCUAAUCGAGACUAUAAGUAUCUCUUCCAGUGCCAGUAAAUUCCUACAUCUCGAUACAACCAAACUAUACACAAUCUUCCAAUCGCCACAAUGCCUAUCGCCAUCUCUCCCUCAACAGUCAAGGCCGCCGCCGAGUCUGGCCUGCCUGCUUCUCAAAACAAGAAGCGCAAGAUCAUUUGCUUCUCAGACUUUGACGGAACAAUCUUCAUGCAGGACACCGGCCACAUCCUCUUUGACGCCCACGGCUGCGGCUCCGAGCAGCGCGAGAUCCUCGACGAGCAAAUCAAGUCCGGCGAGCGCUCCUUCCGCGACGUAUCCGAGGAGAUGUGGGGCUCCCUCAACGUCCCCUUUGACGACGGCUUCGAGGUGAUGGAGAAGAAGCUCGAGAUCGACCCGGCCUUCCAGGAGUUCCACAAGUACUGCAUCGCCAACGAGAUCCCCUUCAACGUCAUCUCCGCCGGCCUCAAGCCCAUCCUCCGCCGCGUCCUCGACACCUUCCUCGGCGAGGACGCCUCGGCGCACAUUGACAUCGUCGCCAACGAGGCCGAGAUCACCGACGACGGCUCCGCGUGGAAGCCCAUCUGGCGCCACGACAACGAGCUCGGCCACGACAAGGCUCUCUCCAUGGGCGAGGCUCGCGAGCAGGCCGAGAUGGCCUGCGAGGACGGCACCAUCCCCCUCAUUGUCUUCAUCGGCGACGGCGUCUCCGACCUGCCCGCCGCGCGCCAGGCCGACGUGCUCUUUGCGCGCCGCGGCCUGCGUCUGGAGGAGUACUGCGUCGAGAACUCGAUCGGUUACAUCCCCUUUGACACCUUUGCCGACAUCCAGACCGAGAUCCAGCGCAUCCGCGACGAGGACGACAAGAAGACGGGCGGCAAGGGCAUGCCCGCCGCCUUCAACCCGCGCGCCAACAUGUGGAGACGCAUGUCGAGCAAGUCGGCGAUCCCCAAGCUCGUCGCCAUCACGCCUGCCGAGGAGAAGAUGUUCUUGUGGCCCGAGGUGUUCAGCGUUGCCACGCCCAGCAUCGAGAAGGCCAACAUUGCUCCCGUCUUUGCUUAGGCGUCGUGUCAGACUUCGACUGGUUUGUUCAUUGUCAAUUCGUUUCUGUUUGGAGACGACCCGGUGCAUAGCGUGCGAAUUUUCUUUGAGAGGUACUGGUUCGGGCAGUCUGGCGUUGGCUUGGGUCACAGAGUUUUGUUUGGAUUAGAGAUCUGGCGGUGUAAAGAGAGGUCGAUAAACUAUCUUCCAUAUCGUUAGAUAUAGAUACAGAUACAGAUCAAGGAUACAAUGUCUUGUCAUUUUAACUUAUUGCCCCUGGUACGAACGAUACAUGUUAUUUGAUGAAGUCAAUUCUAAGAAGUUAACUGCGAUGCUACUCGGUACACUCCAGUGUAUCGCAUAGGCUUCAUUCAACGAAACAGAACCUGGUAAAAGGGGCUCCGAAGCGGG